AUUCCAUUCAUAGACAAUCUUACCAAUUACCAUACGUUACCUGAGGUCACUUCUCCCCGCCAGCUCCCACUCGUCAGGCUCGCUUUGUGUAACUUGUCGGCCAACAACACCCAACUCCAACUGCUUAAAACCUACCUCUUAAAUCAUCAACUCUUUUCAACUAACCUUCCUCCGUCAACCGCCCGCCAUGUCCUCUUCAAUCCCCAUCCCCGCACCGCCACCAUCCGUCAUGGGUAUUGAACGUCGCCAGCUGAGCCAGUCAGAUAAUGCUGGUGGGAGCUCGUCCCCCGGGUCGUCAUAUUCCACCUCGCCGGAACCAUCGCACCCCUCUUCCUCACCUGCCUCGUCGAUGACGAAAAAGACACUGCUGCACGCUCGCCGUCCCAGCCUUUUGAGUUCGGCCAUCUCCAAGCAGGAAUGCACCACGAUCAACAUCGCCGAAGAUAAGGAUGGGCCGCCGGAGUUGAUCUCCUACCUCUCCUCAAGCCAAGGUUUCGCAUGGAACCCCGAGAUCUUUCUACCAUCCUAUGUCGACUACGAUUAUAUCCCCCUCGAGAACCGGAGAGAUCCGAUCCAUGAGAUCAUCCUAACGGACGAAGAGAUUAAGAAGAUCUUGCCGCAGUAAAAGCAAAAAGCACACGACGGCACACGACGGCACGCACAAGCGACCACCAUCAAACACAUUGUAUUCAGUCAUGCAACUACAAGCGCCACUCUUAGACCUGUCUCUUCUCACAGAUAUCUGCUCCACUUAUUCACGGAUUACGGCGUUACGACAUGUUUUCUUCCUUUGUUUCGGUUCUAGGUG